AUGGAUCCGUCUCAGUCUUUAGUCUCUCAAAAGUCCUCGGACUCAGAUUUACAUAUUCAGCUUCACCCGCUUGUCCUCCUCACCAUCUCCGACCACAUAACCCGCCAUGCCGCACGACAGCAACAAGGCCCGAUCCUCGGUGCUCUGCUUGGCCAACAAAAUGGACGAGUAAUCACACUGGAACACGCAUUUGAAUGCCCGACUACAGCAGGACCGAACGGUGAAGCCUCACUGCCAAGCCCAUGGUUCGAAGAAAGAGUGAAACAAUUCAAGGAUGUACACAAAGAACCGCCUCUUGAUCUGGUUGGAUGGUGGUCCACGGCUCCCACAGCCGCACCCGACCCAUCCCACCUAUCAGUCCACCGUCAGCUCUUACAAGAUUACAACGAAUCCGCUAUAUUCCUCGCCUUCCACCCCUCACAACUCCAAGCGUCCGAGUCACACAAUGCUAAGCUCCCAUUAACGAUCUACGAAAGUGUUAUUGAGGGUGAAAAUGUCAAUGACGCAUCAAAGGACAUGCAGAUCGAUGGCGAGGAGUUGGUGCUUAAGCUUCGAUUCCGUGAACUCCGAUAUUCAGUAGAGACUGGUGAAUCAGAGAUGAUUGGCGUCAACACAAUUGUACAAGGAUCUGGAACAGCGGCAGUAGAUACCUACCCCUUAGUUGCAGGCGCAAACACAGGGAAUAAUCCGCAAUCUGUGAAACAGGGCACCCGGGGUGAUAAAGAUGGUAGAGAAAGCAACACAGGGCUAACACAGGAAGAAGAGGAGUUACUCGCGAACCUUACUACUCGCCUCAAUGCAAUUCGCACACUCGAAUCCCGCAUUAGCCUCUUAAAGUCUUAUGUCGCCAACAUUUCCCCAGAAUCCGGCAAUGCAGACUCCACAUCAGUGACAUGGUCCCACCCACUUCUCCGCGAUAUCAGCUCCUUGCUGUCACAUCUUUCUCUUCUCUCCCCUUCUGAACAAAGCUCAUUCGCUACAGAGGUCGUCUCUCAAAACAACGAUGUGCUCCUUGCUUCUUUGCUUGGGAAAAUGGGUGAGAGCGUCAAAGCCAUGCGAGAGCUAGGCCGAAAGUCUGCUAUUGUACAAAAUCAGCGGAAGGCCGAUGCUCAUGCGCAGCGACGCCAACGCUAUCCAGAUUUCGGCUCGGGUGGAGGAGUAUCAAGUGGCUUCUAUCCUUGA